GGCGGCGGCGGCGGCGGCGGCGGAGGGCGCAGCGCGCAGCCCGGUGCAGCCCUGGCUUUCCCCUCGCCGCGCGCCCGCGCCCCCUUCCGCGUCCGCAACCAGAAGCCCAGCGCGGCGCCCGGAGCCGGACCCGCGCCAGCGCCGCUCCCGGGACCGCGACCCCGGCCGCCCCGCGAUGACCGCGACCGCAGCCCUCCUGCCCGUCCUCUCGCUCCUGCUGGCCUGCGGCCGCAGUGCCCAUGGAGUUGAAUGCUUCCCGGCCUGCCACCCCCAAAAUGGAUUCUGCCAGGACAACAAUGUAUGCAGAUGCCAGCCUGGCUGGCAGGGUCCCCUAUGUGACCAGUGUGUGACCUUUCCUGGCUGUGUUCAUGGACUCUGUGUGGAACCCUGGCAGUGCAUCUGUGAUGACGGCUGGGACGGGAACCUCUGUGACAUAGACGUCCGGGCUUGCGCCUCGACCCCCUGUGCUAACAACGGCACCUGCGUAAACCUGGACACUGGCGGCUACGAGUGCUCCUGCACCCUUGGGUUCUCGGGCAAGGGCUGUGAGAACAAGGAUGGGCCCUGCGUGAUCAAUGGAUCCCCCUGCCAGCACGGAGGCACCUGCGUGGACGAUGAGGGCCGAGCCUCCCAUGCCUCCUGCCUGUGCCCCCCUGGCUUCUCAGGCAAUUUCUGUGAGGUCGUGACCAACAGCUGUAUCCCCAACCCGUGCGAGAACCAGGGUAUCUGCACUGACAUCGGGGGUGAUUUCCGCUGCCGGUGCCCAGCCGGCUUCAUGGACAAGACGUGCAGCCGCCCAGUGACCACCUGCGCCACUGAGCCAUGCCUGAAUGGGGGCAGUUGCCUGCAGCACACCCAGGUGAGGUACGAGUGUCUGUGCAAGCCCGAGUUCACCGGCCCCACCUGUGGCAGGAAGCGUGUGGUGGGCCCCCAGCAGGUCACCCGUCUGCCCAGCGGGUAUGGGCUGACCUACCGCCUGACCCCCGGGGUGCAUGAGCUGCCAGUAGCGCAGCCGGAGCACCGUGUCCUCAAGGUGUCAAUGAAGGAGCUCAACAAGAGCACCCCCCUCCUCUCCGAGGGCCAGGCCGUCUGCUUCACCAUCCUGGGCGUGCUCACCAGUCUGGUGGUGCUGGGCACCAUGGGCAUUGUCUUCCUGAACAAGUGCGAGGCCUGGGUGUCCAACCUGCGCUACAACCACAUGCUGCGCAAGAAGAAGAAGCUGCUUCUGCAGUACAACAGCGGCGAGGACCUGGCCGUCAACAUCAUCCUCCCCGAGAAGAUCGACAUGACCACCUUCAGCAGGGAGGCUGGCGCCCCCGGCAUCUGAGCAGCGUCCCCACCGGCCCCUCUCUAGUCUCGGGGUCCCGCAGAGCUCACUAUAAGCGGUCUGUUCUAGUCUUUGUGGUGGAGCUUGCUAUCUUUUGUGUCGACUCUGGUGAACGCUGUG